AGCUGUCCCAGGCCAGGCAAGGUAGUCGGAAUCGUGGACGACAGCAAUCACUGGCACCGCAAUCUGGCCGGAACCGUCCACAAUGCCUUCCUUCUUCACGGCACCCGGCGCGCAAAAGAAAAGGAAACGCCCAACAACAGCAGAAGCGCCGAAAAAGCGGCUUGCAACCACGAAGACGCCAUCUAAAUCAACAGCCAAGGCCCCCACCAAACCAACGGCCGCCGCAAAGAAGAAGGCCAUUGAGCGGGAUGAGUCGAUAUCAGGCAGCGAUCUCGAGAGCGACGAGAGCGGCGAUGACGUUGGUAACAGGAGCGGCUCCGAUGCCGCCUCGGAUGAUUCGGACAGCGAAGGGGAGACGGCCGCCGAGAAGCGGUUGAGGCUUGCGCAGCGGUACCUCGAGAAGACACGGAAGGAAGUGGAACUGGAGGAUGAGUAUGCCUUCGAUGCGGAGGAGAUUGACCGAGAUCUGCUCGCGGAGCGGUUGCAAGAGGAUGUAGCAGAGGCAAAGGGCAAGGCCUACCGUCGGUUGGCUUUCGAGCUGAAUUUCGGCGAGGCAUCAUAUACACAGUUUCGCUGGAACUCUGGCUCGGUGACCUCGGUCGCUGUAUGCGCUCCUUACGCGUAUACAACGACGAAGGACGGGUAUUUGACCAAGUGGAAGUUGCAAGACUUACCCAAAAACCAAUGGCCCCAGACAACACGGAGGAAACCCAAGAAGCCCCCUGCACCGCCCAAACGGAAACCGGAGAGGAUAUGUUUCACCAAAGCGAACCCAAGUAAAACGAAAGACAAGACGUACCAAGGCCACACAGGCGCCCCGCUAGUCGUCAGGGCCUCCCAAGACGGCAAAUACGUCGUAACGGGUGGCGCCGACAGCCGGCUCGUCGUCUACAACGCCGCCGACCUCAAGCCGAUCCGCGCCUUCAAACAACACCGUGAUGCUGUGAUCAGCCUGGCAUUCCGCCGCGGUACAAACCAACUCUACUCUGGAUCUAAGGACCGUUCAGUCAAAGUCUGGUCCCUGGACGAGCUCGCCUACGUUCAGUCCCUCUUCGGCCACCGCGAUGAGAUCCCGGACAUUGACGCGCUGGCCCAGGAACGCUGCGUCAGUGUUGGCGCGCGCGACCGCACAGCACACUACUGGAAGGUCGCCGACGAGCAGUAUCUCAUCUUCCGCGGAGGCGGCGAGGGAGGGAGCAGCAGCAGCAAGAAGCACAAGCUGCCUCCCAACAUCGACCCAGCCUCGGCAGCGCACCAGGGCAGCAUGGACCGCAUCUCUAUGAUCGACGAGGAACACUUUGUGACGGGAAGCGACAACGGUGACCUGGCCCUGUGGAGUAUCCAGCGCAAGAAGCCGCUCCACACAGUCCCGCGAGCGCACGGCAUCGAGCCGCCCCUGAAGCCGGAGCAGGUGUCGGCGGAUGAGGUCCCCAACCCGAAGGACAUACCCGCACCGCAACCGCGGGGAAUCACUGCUCUUCGGGCGCUCCCUUAUUCAGACGUCAUCCUGACCGGCAGCUGGGAUGGCUACGUCCGUGUGUGGAGGCUGAGCGAAGAUAAGAGGAAGAUUGAGCCGGUUGGUGUGCUGGGCGGCUCAUCAUCGCCACCAGCAGAAUCAUCAUCAUCAGCAGCAGCAGCAUCAUCAUUGCCGAACGGAACACAUACGGACGUCUCGGGUGAGCAAGGACAAGACGGAGCCCUAGUCCGCGGCAUCGUCAACGACAUUGCCAUGUUCGAGCGGGGAGAGAGGGGUCGGGAUGGGCUUUGCGUCGUGGCCGUCACGGGCAAGGAGAUGCGAUUCGGCAGGUGGAAGUACAUGAAGGAAGGGCGUUGCGGUGCCGUCAUCUUCGAGGUGCCCAGGGUGGAUUCCAGGAAGCAGAAGCAGGAUGAGGCGAUGGCGAAUGGGGUGUCAGCCGCAGAGGGCGAGGAUGAGUGAUGUGGGAGAGCACAGACGAUUCUCUCCUCUGUGGUGAUGGAUAUAUACCCGAGGCAAGACAGUGAUUUGUCACCCACCUCUGAUGUAACACACAUAUUAGAGUCUAAAAUUCAAGUGCAUAGCGAGGGAUGCUGCAUGUUGUAAUGUAUGUACAUACUUAUCUCACCUGCGCCCAAGCCGAUUUCGAAAGCAAGGGUUUCGAACCG